ACGUUUUAUUCAAGAUGCCAAAGCAGUCUCAUCAAAUUAAGCAGAAAAUAUCUAUAAUAAAAUCUAUCUGACCUUUUAUAAGUUACUUUGUUAGAAAGGUCCGUUCUUUCAGGAUUAAUAUCCCGAUCUAAUAAUGAGGGGGAUUAAUAUCCGGAUCUAAUAAAAGUAAUUUUAUUAUUUGCAGUUAUACGAACUCCGGAAGAGAACCAUAUUAAUUUCUAUUCAGAAGUUGUAUUAAAAAUCAGAUGACAGUGGGAUACGCAAGUAGGAAAAAAACAGACACGUGCCAUUUAUCAAUGCACCUAACAAAUAGAUCGAUGCAACAGCACGCUAUGUAUAAAUAUCGCUACUGCAUUACGAUACAAGCAUUUACAGUGUAAGCAUUAGCGACGGAAAAUUUCAACAUGAAAGUAAUAGUAGCGUUUAUGAUCGUGGCGAUUGUGGUGUGCGCCAUGAUCCAGGAAUCCAAACAACUAUUUUGGGGUAUGGGCUCACCUUUACAGAUUUUGGAGCCACAACCACACUACCCUGGGAUGCCGUCAUCUCUAGGCCGCCUUGAUUGGCCGUUUAGACGUGGACAUGGAAAUAGGCAUGGACAUAGAGAUAGACACGGACAUGGGCGGCCACCGUGCGCUCAGCUUCCAGACGACUGCAUAAUACUCUGUCCGGGCUCAUCAACAACAAUGACACCAGGAACAUCAACGGAAACAGCAACGCCGACAUACACAUCACCAAUAAUGACAGAAACAUCAGCAAUGCCGACAUACACAUCACCAAUAAUGACAGAAACAUCAGCAAUGCCGGCAGACACAACGCAACAAGCAUUCCAGACUACUACCGUUCCAGCCGUAGCUGGAAAAUAAUGCAAGACCACCACCAGGGACUCGGUCUGGUUACGGUUACGGUCCAAGGCUAUACCUAAUUUUCGGUUUCAAUUUCGAUGUUUUUAUAUUGAUAACGAUAAAUCUGUAACUGUUUGAAUUUCGGUUUCGGUGUAUAAUUAUCUAUUGUAAAAUUUACAAUGUAUAAAAAUAAUAAUACAAGUUGCAUAUUGUAACAAAA